AUGGUCACCGUAAUCGUACUCCUACCCAUUUGGAAGCAUCAACAGUCAAGAAGACAUAAGGAUAAAAUCUUAUGCGCUAAGUUAGUAAUACCACUCACGAAAUUCGUUCUUUGUAUAAAACAUUGGCAACAAGCCGAGGACAUCGAUCAGAAAAAGGAAAUUCGUUCACAUUUAUAUAAACUACGUGAAUCGCGUUUACGUGACUUAUACCAGGGCGACAUCAUGGCUGGCAACUUCGCUAAAGAUCCUUUGAAUCCUUCGCACGGUGAUUCGUUGGUAGGUCAAAAUUUUCAAAGUUUGAAAUCGAAAGAAGUGCGGGAUUCAAUUAGUCCCACACAAGAUUUGAAGUUCCACUCAAUGACUCUCAAUCAUCCCAAUACAACGGGAUGGGAUGUGCAAACCUCAUCAGAGGUGAGUCCAGAUGGUCGCGCAUACCGCACUGAAACCUUAGCUACUACAGAUGGCGUCGAGAAGAUCAAUGGCGGCACCGCUGAAUUUCGCGGUCGUAAUGAACAGCAUGCCAGCGCUUCUCAUCAAGGCGAUGAUAAGAAUUUCGUCAAGAAGGCAUCGGAAAGCUCAGAUACUCAUUUACAAGAGCGCGUCGUAGUUGGUGAUGAAAAUUCUGGCCGAACCGAAAUGAAGAUGAGUUCGACGACAACUUCGUCCUCCUCUAAUGUAACCUCUUCGUCUUCUACUGUGGAAUAUGGCGGUGGCGAGCCAAUCGAUCCGGCCAAGUACCUUGUGGAUAAGACUAGUCGCCAGCACCCGGAUCAACAUCAUCAGCAACGCCUUACGCAAGAGCAAUACAUUCAGCAGCAACAACAACGCCAGCAACAGUUGCAGCAAGAGGAGUUCGAACAAACCAAGCUAUAUCAGCAGCAACAGCAUGAGAAACGCAUUCAGCAGCAACAGCAGGAGCAACGUCAAUUUAGCGAGGAGAUCAAUCGCAGUCGGCAAGAGUCCUCCACCAGUCGCAAUGUGGAGACUCAACAGAAGACGGAGCAAAAUAGGCGCGUAGUAGACGUGGAUAAGGCAUCACCGGAAUAUCAACAGCAUGUCCAGUAUCUUAUGUCACAGCCUGGUGAGAUCAUUUCAAACACGGUAGAGUAUCCGAAGCCGAACGUUAAGAUGAUCACCACCGUUAAGCGUUUGCCGGACGGCACCAUUGUAAAGAACAAACGUUACGAAACGGAAGAGUUGCAGCCUGCAGUUGAGAGCCAACGUCAACGUACUACGUCUACAACGAGCCAGAACAGUACUCAACACAAAAGCCAGCAACAGCGACGAG